AUUAAAAGGAACUCAUCUGUCAUCAGGAAAUUAAAAGGAAUAUCGUCAAACAUAAUCGAAUAACAUUUGUGAGCCUCUUUCAUCUCAUCUCAUCUGUGAUCAACAUCAAACCUCAUCCGAUACCAUGACAUCAGGUAUGGUGGCAGUGAUGUCAUCAUCAAUUGCAACACGUCCUCUCUUCACUGCUAUUAUGCCCAACAACAACUUCAACAACAACAGCUCACUCACACUCACUAAUACUAAGUGUAGAACAAGAAGACUAUCAUCAAUAUGCUGUGAGGUGGCUUUGAGAUCUGAUUCCGUUGACCAUGAUGAAGAUUUGAAGACAAAUUUGGACAAAGUGGGUUGUAAGAUUAAGGUGAAAAGGCCACUAAAAGUGUACCAUGUUCCCAAAUUGCCAGAGGUUGAAUUGACACCUGAUAUGGUUGGUGUUGUUAAGCAGUACGUUGGGUUUUGGAAAGGAAAGCGUAUUUCCCCUAAUUAUCCUUUCAAAGUUGAGUUCUUUAUCGAUGUCCCUGGCCGCGGUUCUGUUAAACUCUUUGCUCAUUUGAGGGAAGAUGAAUUCGAUAUCGUUUAAUAUAAUUUCACUUAUGUAUGUAUCAGCCUGUUUGUCAGUUGUAUUGAUGAAUUGGAAUACACUCUCCUUUUUAUCAUAACUUCUAAUUAGCCACUGUUAUUAGGGUUUUAUUUUUUUUGCUAUGAUUGCUUUGUCUGUUGAUGACUAUAUGGAAUAAUCACUUCUUUUGAUUCAUGUAGUCGACCCCCUUAUGAGAUUAAGGCUUUGAUUGAUUGAUUGA